AAAGAACAGAACAGUUAGGGGGAAAAAGCAAGUACAGUCUGAUCUUGUCCAAAUCAUAAAAAAGGAAAAGUAGCUGACAUUUGGUGUAGUACCAAGAGUACACCGAAGUGACUUUUUUAAGUGGUAAAACCUCAUACAUUGCAUUCUCUGAUUUUCCUCUUUGAGUGCACUGAGGACACAAUGGCUCCUGCCCUGGUAUGCAUACUUCUAUGGUGGCCCUUAUGACAGGUAGCUCUAGAUCUUCUGUCCAGGAAGAAAGCACAAUCUCGGCAGAUAGAGCCUUGAGGCCCACUAGGCCCAGGAAGCCUGAGGUUGAAUGGACAGAGCCAGAUCAGGGCCUUUCACCGACCCCAACAAGAGGAGAUGGGCAGUCCUGGCAGCCAACUGGAUGCUGGACUAUGUUAGAGCUCAUGGGCAGAUUCCUCGUUAGGCAUCCUGCCACCCUAUAAAGACGGUGUCUGUGUUCCUGGAGGGAAGGCAGGGCCAAGAACCCCAGCCUGUAACACCAUGCCCUAAGUUCACAGGUCCAUGGCCCUGCCCAAAGGGCCUGCAGAACCAGCUCUCAGUAGUGGUAAGCAUGUCAAGACAGGGACAGUCCCACAGCAUCCUGACCACCUCUCUUGUGCUCUUUGUACAAACUGACUGCUUUACUGAGGAAGGUCUCUGCCUAACAUGUGAAGAAAGACAGAAUUAAAAUGCUACCACUUUGCCAUUAUUCAUCAACAAGGGCUAUUACCACACAAAAGACAAGGGGGUGUGGCUCAAUGGUACCAUCACAGUUGCCUAGCAUGCAUGGGCCUCUGAUCCCCAGUACCACCAAAAAAGAAAACAUGCAUUGAAAACCUUCCCUGUGAACUUCAGAGGAACUUCCAGCUGAUGCGGGAGCUGGACCAGAGGACAGAAGAGUCAGCUGCCACCCCGGUGACAAGUGGUGUGUCCUGGGCGGGGACCAGCUUCUCACCUGUGUCUCUGCCAGAUAAGAAAGCGGAGAUUGACAUGCUGGCAGCAGAGUACAUUUCCACUGUGAAGACUCUGUCCCCAGACCAGCGUGUGGAGCACCUGCAGAAGAUCCAGAGUGCCUACAGCAAGUGCAAGGAGUACAGCGAUGACAAGGUGCAGCUGGCCAUGCAGACCUACGAGAUGGUGGAUAAGCACAUCCGGAGGCUCGAUGCAGACCUGGCUCGCUUUGAGGCAGACCUGAAGGACAAGAUGGACGGCAGUGACUUUGAAAGCUCUGGAGGCCGGGGGUUGAAAAAAGGUCGGGGUCAGAAAGAGAAAAGAGGCUCCCGUGGCCGAGGCCGGAGGACGUCGGAAGAAGACACCCCAAAGAAGAAGAAGCAUAAAGGAGGGUCUGAGUUCACCGAUACUAUCCUGUCUGUGCACCCCUCUGAUGUGCUUGACAUGCCUGUGGACCCCAACGAACCCACUUACUGCCUGUGCCACCAGGUGUCCUAUGGGGAGAUGAUUGGCUGCGACAAUCCAGAUUGUCCAAUCGAAUGGUUUCACUUUGCCUGUGUGGACCUCACCACGAAACCCAAAGGAAAGUGGUUGAGUUUGCAGGGGCCCUUCCUGCUUACCCAGAGCACAGUUAUCGUCUGGAUUUGUGGCCAUCAGCCCUGAAGAGCAUCCGUCCUGGCCCUACAGUGAGGUUCUGCCCACGGUGUGUUCAAGAAAAGAGGAAGAAAAAGUAAGGAGGGGGCUGUGUGCCUGGAUCAAAGAGCAAGUUAAUAUAUUCCUUCAUUCGUGUUGCAAUAUUUUCUUUCAUUUUUAAAACUACCUUGUUUUGACUGAUAUUUAAGAACUCAGUGGCCAGUUGUAAUUCUGGAUAUUUCCUAAAACAAACAAGAAACCACUGCCCUGUGGGCACUUGUGAGCUUGGGCUGCCAGGCACCGUGCACAUUCUAACCUGGUACACUGCCACCACUCUGCCACUGGGGUGUCCUCUGCAGUUCUCUGGAACCAUGCACAGACCUCUUGUGAGCACACUUGUCACCCCUGAGCCAACCUGACCAUUAGACUUGGCCCUUGCUGAGGCCACUGCUGCCGUCCUGGCUGGGCUGGCUCUCCUGGGAGGAAGUGGCCCUGCCCCGCUGUGCACUGCCUCUUUCGCAUGGACUCUGGCCCACCAAGCUUCGCCAGAGUAAGUGCUCCUGUUGGCCCAGGCUGUCGUUUACUAUGAUCAGCACCACCACACGGUGGCGUGGCAGCCAGCUGACGUUCCUUCUGUUCCUCUGGGAAUCCCAGAUAUUUUUACUGUGAAGAUGAAAUUAGUAUAAUUGCAUGAA